AGACUUAAAAAGUUACUUCAAUCAUUUUUUCGUCCUUGAUCUUUCAACAAAACACAAGUCCAGACAAAAACCAUACCUAAAACAGCCGGCACAUAGCACGUUUCCGAGCUAGCUCAGCUCCCACAAGAUGAUACUCAUCCGACAGAUUCUUAAACUUCUCCAUUAAUGGCAAAAUCUUAUAAGCUCGCCCCGCUUUUCCUCCUCUCCGUCGCCCUCACUUCCCUCGCAUCCUCUUCCGCAUCAAGUUUCCACCGCCGGCUUCCAGAACUGAAGGCUCAGGUUGAAGUCCAAGAAGAACUGCAGCAGCCGUUUGUGGGAGUAAAUAUAGGCACAGAUGUUUCAAAUUUCAUGUCUCCGCCGGAUUUGGUGGCUUUUCUGCACUUGCAGAAGAUAACCCACGUUCGUUUAUACGAUGCUAACCCUGACAUUCUCAAGGCACUUUCCAAGACCAAGAUUAGGGUUAUUGUAAGUGUCCCCAACAAUCAGCUUCUCGCCAUAGGUUCCUCCAAUUCCACAGCUUCUGCUUGGAUUGCUCGCAAUGUGGCCGCUUAUUACCCACAAACCCUAAUCACAGCCAUUGCAGUUGGAGAUGAAGUGUUCACCACUGUCCCCAGCUCAUCUCCCAUGCUCAUGCCUGCAAUCGAGUCGCUCUAUGCCGCGUUGGUGGCUUCCGGUUUGGAUAAACAGAUCAAGAUUUCGACCCCGAGUUCGGCUUCCAUUGUCUUAGACCCGUUUCCUCCUUCCCAGGCCUUUUUCAAUCAAACCCUAACCUCAGUUAUUUCUCCAUUGCUGCAGUUUCUGUCUAGGACCCAGUCUCCUUUGAUGAUGAAUUUGUACCCUUACUAUGUGUUUAUGCAGAACAAUGGGGUUGUCCUUCUGGAGGAUUCACUCUUCAAGCCGUUAAGCCCCUCCAAGGAAAUGGUGGACCCCAACACUUUGCUUCACUACACGAAUGUGUUUGAUGCAAUGAUAGAUUCUGUGUAUUACUCUAUGAGGAAUCUGAAUGUUACAGAUGUGGUGGUUCUUGUCACUGAGACCGGGUGGCCUUCAAAGGGGGAUUCUAAAGAGCCGUAUGCCACAAUCAACAAUGCUGACACUUAUAAUUCAAAUUUGAUCAAGCACGUUUUUGAUCGUACAGGGACACCUCUCCAUCCAGAAGUUACUUCUGAUGUGUAUAUAUAUGAGCUGUUUAAUGAGGAUUUGAGAUCUCCUCCAGUUUCUGAGGCUAACUGGGGUUUGUUUCAUGGGAAUUCGUCGCCUGCUUACUUGCUUCAUAUGUCUGGAAGUGGUUCAUUCUUGGCUAGUGACACGACAAAUAAAACGUAUUGUGUGGCCAUGGAUGGGAUUGAUAAGUGGACUUUGCAGGCUGCAUUAGAUUGGGCUUGUGGACCUGGGAAGGCUAAUUGUUCAGAAAUCCAGCCCGGGGAGAGCUGUUAUCGGCCCAAUGGAGUUAAGAACCACGCGUCUUAUGCGUUUGAUAGCUAUUACCAGAGACAAGGGAAAGAUGCUGGUUCUUGUGACUUCAAAGGUGCAGCAACUGUUACCACCACUGAUCCAAGUCAUGGGAGUUGUGUGUUUCCUGGAAGUAAGAAUGAAAGCAAAAAUGGAACACAUAUGAUAGUGAACGCAACGGAAACAAGUGGUGCAUGCACAAUGAGGUUCACCCAAACAAAUUCAUACACCUUGCUCAUUCUCUGGAGUGCUGUCUUCUGUUCUAUGUCUUUUUCAUUUCGCCUGUGACCAAAAAUUUUCAGGUACUAAUGAUGUUACUAGUCAUCAUCCUCUUUAGAAGAAUAAUUUUGUUUAAAUGGACUUUUAAUAAUAUUACAAAUACUAGUUUGCAGAUAGAUGUUUUUGUUUACUUAGAUGAGGCCAUUCGUAAAAAUCUUGUAUUUAUUGAAAUUCUUGGAAAAGUCGAAGACAGCAAUAAGCAGAAGAAAGUUGGAAGGUGAGACUCAAGAGAUCAGACAUGAACGCAGUUGGUUUCAAUUCUUACCCUUCUGAUUUUUAUGCUUUCUUCCAUUCACAUGUUAUUCACGGGCAAGUUGAUAUGAAUAAACUACCACCAUUUUGGCAAUGAGGCUGAUACUUUGUUGUAUAUCAGUUGUAAAAAUCACAAUUACUAAUUUAUGAUAAUUUUGUGUUUGUGUUGCUCCUUUAUAACAAUAUUUAUAUUAGUU